GUUGCACUUGCACAAGGGCUUGGUCAGUGCGUAGCGGUAUCACCGGUUCAUCUGUAUCUUGUGGACAGCUAGUUCAUGCACAACAAUGCAGGGUGGGGAAUAGGAUUCUUACUAGCAAUGUUAACUUGAAACGUCUCCUGCAAGUUUAACUUGAAAAGAUGUCAGAUGUCACCAAGACCGUUCAGAAAUGGCACGCAAGUUUUAAAAAGGGCACGGACUUUGAUUCGUGGGGACAGUUGGUGGAAGCAAUAGAUGAGUACCAAAUACUUGCAAGACAAUUGCAGAAAGAGGUCCAGUCAUCAAAUUCACAUGAUUUCACAGAGGAUCAAAAGAAAACUCUGGGAAAGAUUGCAACAUGUCUUGAAAUGCGAAGUGCAUCUUUACAGAGCACACAGUGCCAAGAAGAAUUUAAGUUAGAGGACCUGAAGAAACUGGAACCAAUCAUCAAGAAUAUUCUCACUUACAACAAAGAUUUCCCUUUUGAUGUCCAACCAGUGCCUAUGAGGAAAAUCCUUGCACCAGGGGAGGAGGAGAACCUAGAUGUUGAUGAGGAGUUGGACACAGCCACUGGGGUUGGCUCGACACAGUCCUUCACCACAAGAGUGCCAGGUACCUUAUUACCACGGCUUCCCUCAGAGCCAGGAAUGACACUACUCACCUUGAAAAUUGAGAAGAUUGGUCUGAAAGAUGCAGGACAAUGCAUCGACCCUUACAUGACAAUUAGUGUGAAAGACAUGAAUGGUGUUGAUUUGAACCCUGUUCAAGACACUCCAGUGGCAACACGUAAGGAAGACACGUACAUUCAUUUCAGUGUUGAUGUGGAAAUCCAGAAACAUCUUGAGAAACUACCAAAAGGUGCAGCUAUUUUCUUUGAAUUUAAACACUACAAGCCCAAGAAGAGGUUCACCAGCACUAAGUGUUUUGCCUUCAUGGAGAUGGAUGAGAUCAAACCUGGUCCCAUUGUCAUAGAGCUGUACAAGAAGCCAACUGACUUCAAGAGGAAGAAACUCAACCUUCUCACAAAGAAACCACUCUAUCUUCACCUGCAUCAGACUUUGCACAAAGACUGAGGAAGCACAUGGGACAACAUGAAACAAAAGAACACUUUUUUCCCACUUAUCAGCAUUUUUAUGUGAUUAAAGUUGGUGCAUCACCCCCUACAUUCCCAGCAAUAUCUAAGUAUGGAUCCUAGACCUCAGCUUUGAAAGUUCUGAUGUGGGGUUCAUAUUGGUGCAACACUUCAUCUGAGUGAACAUCUAAUAAAUGAGUGAGCCAGACUGCUGGCAAAGUGGAGUAUGUAUUCUUCUGAAAAUUUCUUCUGCAUGUUCUCUGACCAGCACACUCCUGGUCCUCCAAAGCAACAACCAAAUAACCAAAGAGGACAUUGACAUUGGCGUUUUAUUAUUUGGCCGGUUUCCAAGCCUAGCACUGGCAGUGUGUCAUUACCUAGUGUUUAUGGCCCAUUGUCAGCUACCACUAUGGAAGAGAUAGGAUGGAUUGAGCCAUACUCUGGGGUUAAAACAAAAACACUGUUGUAAGAAAGUGCUUUUCUGCUUGAUAUUAAGACAAACCCUAAAUCACUAAACAUUUCCUUCUGAACUUCCCAGUAGAAGGCUACAUUGCAAAUAUGAAUGUAUAGGUAAAUAACUCCAUACCCGCAAUCUAAUAUUAGGCUGGAAAUUGCAUUAAAAUACAUUACUACUUUAUGACUGCUAAAUAAUACAUGUAAUAGACCAUGCAAUGAAACUGGGUAUGAGCUCAUUUAUUUGGAGCUAGAAGGUGCAUUUUAACUAAAAUGAAGUUGACCAUUUGAUCAUUUUAUAUUGUACGAGCCAUUGAAGUUAGUGUUUCCGUUUCCUUGAUUUUUUGUUUAUUCAUACAUAAUUUUCAUGAGACCUGUUAAUUAGAAAUAUACACCUUUAAUAGAAGGUAUAACGAAUAGCACUGCUCAGAAAUGGCCAGAUUUUAUUUAGUAAUCAAGAAGCUAUUACAGAACUAACAAACAUAUUUUGGUGAAAUUUUUGUUGAUAACAUUUUACUUUUUCCUACUUCAGUACUUUUCAAUUUUCUAGAACAUAAGUCAUAGAAAAAUUAGGUUAAAAAACAUUAUUGUGAGCACAGUGUGCAUGUAUUGCUUUUCUGUAAGUAUUUCAUACAAGUUUUAAUACAAAUCAUGCCUGGCAUGGCAUGUUCAGAUUGCUUUAAUUUCCAAUAAAUGAUGCUGCUGUUUAACA